UAGUGAAGGGGUCCAAUCGGUGAGAGUGGUGUGGAGCCUGGGCUGCUGCGAGUGGAGUUAUUCCUAGGUCGCUUAGCCAUAUGCUCCCACCGCAUGGUGGCUGAAGACAGCAGCUUUUAUAAUCGCUGGCAACACAUUCUGAGUGCGAAGGAUAAGAAGUAACAACUCACACAACAAUAUGUAAGCUUCUGAAAUUUGGGAUAUUCUUUUGAAAUCAAGAGUGGGAACAUGUUGCCGGAAGAGUUUUCCACAUUAAUGUACCGUCUGAAGCACUAAAGUGUCGUUUUCCUCGGUAGCUGCACGACCAAUGGAAUGUAAAGUGAGAGAGUCCAGGAAGAAGUUGUCUGAACAUGUUGAUAAGGAAAGUUGUGGUUUAACUGAUUAUCGUACUACAACAAUGUAUGACUAUCGACCUCACCAGCAGACAUGGACAAAGCCUGUCACUCCCAUUCCAGAACAACCUCAUAAGAAUCGCAUUUACUUGUCAGAGCUGACAGAUGGAAAUUCACCUAAACGGAGGGGUAUCAACAAGUUUUUUGAUGAUAAUCUGGGAGAUUUUUAUAGGAAUCGCACAGAAAAAUAUGAUCUGUAUGCUUCCUACAAUCCAGGGACUGGAGAGUACAGCAAUAUUAAAGAGACAAUAAACAAAUAAUAUCUUGAGGGUAUAUUUAAAUGACAGCAUUUACAUGUGUUGUUUCACCAUAAUUUAUUUGACAUGGAAAAGUAAACUUAGUUUUUCAACUAACAAUUUAUUGUUUUUCUUACAGUGUAUCUUGCAUGUAGAUGUAUUGUCAUUAAGGGUUUCUUUUGAGUUACACUUAAUUCAAGUCAGAGAGUUCAUUACUGCUUAUAAGGUUGACCAGCUAUGCAAAGUGCAGCCAAUGCAAGAGUGGCAAAACUAAAUGAUGAGAGAAUUUGUUUUGGUUUCUAUUCCAUACUGUUUAUCUUCAUUGUCUCUAUAAAAAUGUUAUCAGCCUAUCAUUUUUGCGUUCAAGUGACCAAGAGUACUUAUGAUGGUUAAUAUCCAGCAAAUAAGUUUCUUCAUUUGAAAGUUUGAUUAGACAGCACAGUCUUACAUCCACUACAGUUUUCAUUUUACAUUUAAACUUUAAAGAAUAAGGUUAAAGGUCUUUUUUUUUUGUAAAUUUUAAUGUUCUGAAAACUUCAAAUUUUGCCUUUGAAAAUGGUUUUUUUAUAUUUAUUUACUACAAUUUUUUUCAGAAAUCUUAUUACAUAUCAACUGUUAUUCUGUUAUCUUUAAAGAUACUGUAUAAUCUCCAUUUAAUUUACCUGCAGUGAUAUAUAAUAUAGCCAUGUAAGAACACUAAUAGCUGCACUGUCAUGCACCCCAACAACAAAAUAUUUAUGCCCAGUAAUUACAGUGCCUGUAAAGUAGAUGUAGCAAA